GCCGCGAGCCCCAACCUGCCCGCCCGACCUGGCGGCGCAGUCUCGCGGGAUCGCCCAGCUCUCGCUCCCCGUGCGGCCCCGGAGGCGGUCGAGGCCCGGACGCUGCCCCCCGCCGCACGCACGCACGCCCGGGCUGUCUUUGGUGGCGGGGCCGCGCGACGCCGACGGACAGCGGCCUUCCUCCGCCGCCCGAAGUGAGGCGUCCCCGGCCCGACGGGGCGGGCGGGCGAGCGGCCCGGACCGGAGCCGCAGGUGCGUCGCCGGGGAGUCCCACGCAACUCCUGGCAAGUGACUCCGGGUCUCCGCGGGCCCGGGACGGAGCUGCUCGGCUGCAGGCGGGGAACAGGUGCCCCGCUCGCCCGGCCGCCCGACGCGGGACCCCGGGGGUUCAGCAGCCUCCCGCAGCCCCCAGGAGCUGACUGUGGAAGCAGUUGCCCCAGAACUCACUUUCAGGGAACAGCUUCUUUCAAAAUGGUAAAAAGAAUGAAAUGGGGAAUUUGUACAUUUUAUCUCUGAUUUGAGAAUCUUUUGAUGCGGAAAGGAGCAUUAAGAGUCAUCCAAGCCAUGUGGUAAAAUCAGAGUCUGGAGAAGAUGGAAAAGUCCCCGUUUCUGUUGGUGUGCGUCCUUCUGCCCCUUGUAAGAGGGCACAGCCUUUUCACCUGUGAGCCAAUCACUGUUCCCAGGUGUAUGAAAAUGGCCUACAACAUGACGUUUUUCCCUAACCUGAUGGGUCAUUAUGACCAGGGCAUUGCCGCUGUGGAAAUGGAGCACUUUCUGCCUCUUGCAAAUCUAGAAUGUUCACCAAACAUUGAAAUGUUCCUUUGCCAAGCUUUUGUACCAACCUGCACAGAGCAAAUUCAUGUAGUUCCACCCUGUCGGAAAUUGUGUGAGAAAGUAUUUUCUGAUUGCAAAAAACUAAUGGACACUUUUGGCAUCCGAUGGCCUGAAGAACUUGAAUGUAACAGAUUGCCGUACUGUGAUGACACUGUUCCUGUAACCUCUGAUCCACACACAGAGCUUUUUGGUCCACAGAAGAAAACAGAUCAAGCUCCAAGAGACAUUGGAUUUUGGUGUCCCAAGCACCUUAGGACUUCCGGGGACCAAGGCUAUAGGUUUCUGGGAAUUGACCAGUGUGCCCCUCCGUGUCCCAACAUGUAUUUUAAAAAUGAUGAACUAGACUUUGCCAAAAGUUUCAUAGGAAUAGUUUCAAUAUUUUGUCUUUGUGCAACUCUGUUCACAUUCCUUACGUUUUUAAUUGACGUUAGAAGAUUCAGAUAUCCAGAGAGACCAAUUAUAUAUUACUCUGUCUGUUACAGCAUUGUGUCUCUCAUGUAUUUCAUUGGGUUUUUGCUGGGCAAUAGCACGGCAUGUAAUAAGGCAGACGAGAAGCUGGAGCUUGGGGACACUGUCGUCCUGGGGUCAAAGAAUAAGGCUUGCAGCGUGGUGUUUAUGUUUCUCUAUUUUUUCACAAUGGCUGGCACCGUGUGGUGGGUGAUUCUCACCAUUACCUGGUUCUUAGCUGCUGGGAGAAAAUGGAGUUGUGAAGCUAUUGAACAAAAGGCAGUGUGGUUCCACGCGGUUGCCUGGGGCAUGCCUGGGUUCCUGACUGUCAUGCUGCUCGCUAUGAACAAGGUUGAAGGAGACAACAUUAGUGGCGUUUGCUUCGUUGGCCUCUAUGACCUGGACGCCUCUCGCUACUUCGUCCUUCUGCCUCUGUGCCUCUGCGUAUUUGUUGGCCUGUCUCUCCUCUUAGCUGGCAUCAUCUCCUUAAAUCAUGUUCGACAAGUUAUACAGCAUGAUGGCCGGAACCAAGAGAAGCUAAAGAAGUUCAUGAUUCGCAUUGGAGUCUUCAGUGGCCUGUAUCUUGUGCCCUUAGUGACACUUCUUGGUUGUUAUGUCUAUGAGCUAGUGAACAGGAUCACCUGGGAGAUGACGUGGUUCUCUGAUCAUUGUCAUCAGUACCGCAUCCCGUGUCCUUAUCAGGCAAACCCAAAAGCUCGACCAGAAUUGGCUCUAUUUAUGAUAAAAUAUCUGAUGACAUUAAUUGUUGGUAUCUCUGCGGUCUUCUGGGUUGGAAGCAAAAAGACGUGCACAGAAUGGGCCGGGUUCUUUAAGCGAAACCGCAAGCGAGACCCCAUCAGUGAAAGCCGAAGAGUGCUGCAAGAGUCCUGUGAGUUCUUCCUGAAGCACAAUUCUAAAGUGAAACACAAGAAGAAGCACUGCAAACAAGGCUCUCAUAAGCUGAAGGUCAUCUCCAAGUCCAUGGGAACCAGCACAGGAGCGACCACAAAUCAUGGCACCUCUGCCAUAGCAAUCGCUGACCAUGAUUACUUAGGGCAAGAAACUUCAACAGAAGUCCAGACCUCCCCAGAAGCCUCUGUGAAAGAGGGAAGAGCAGACCGAGCAAACACGCCCAGAGCCAAAGAUUGGAACUGCGGGGAACCUGCUUCCGCAGCAGGGUCCAACUCCAAGCUCUGUGGGGAACAGAAGGACAGGAAGAGCCGAGCAGGCAGCAUGAAGGAAAAAAGCAGUGUGUCAGAAGGGGCUCCAAGUGAAGGACGGGUAAGUCCAAAGAGCGGUGCUCCCGAGACUGGCCUGACGGACUGCAGCAAUUCACAGGCCCCCAGUUCUCCAGAACCAAACAGCCUCAAAGAUUCCACAUCUCUGCUAGUUCACUCAGCUUCCGGAGCUAGGAAAGAGCAGGGUGCUGGCAGCCAUUCAGAUGCUUGAAGAAAACUGUCUCAUUACCCCAGAAGCUGAUGUGUACUACACUGGAGAUGACCAAUGUAUUUGUCUUAUGAAGACCACUGUUGGGCUGGGGACUGGCCCAGUGGUAGAGCGCCCACCUGGGAUCCGUGAGGACCUGGGUUCGUUUCUUCCAGCACCGCAGGAAGAAAACUCACUGUUACAGUCUUCCUUGCACUCAAAGCAGCUUUGUCCACUGCUUUUUGGGUUGGCUUUGAUUUUUGUUACUGUUAUUUUUGUUGUUGUUUGUUUGUGUGUGUGCAACAAGGUUUCUCUGUGUAGCCCUGGCUGUGGUGAAACUCCCUCUGUAGACCAGGCUGGCCUCAAACUUAAAGAGAUCGGCCUGCCUCUGCCUCCCAAGUGCUGGGGACAACUGUGUGUCCACCACCACCCGGCCUUUGGUCUACUAUUAAACUGGAAAGAAACAACAGCCCAGAUUUCAAAAAUAAUAUAAUGCAUUUAUACCUAAAAAAACCAGGAAUGUCCAGGUUAAUAAUAUUUUUUAAAUGUGGGGGCGGGGAGGGUAUUAGAGGAAUCUUCCUUCUAUUUAUGAAGAUUCUUUCAUUGAAGUAUUUUAAGAUAUUUUAUGCUCUUUCACUCUUUUGAUAUAAAUCCAAGAUUUUUCUUUGCUGAAGUAUUUAAAACUUAUCAUUGUACCUUUAUAUGCAGAUAUCUAUUUGAAAAUAUGCUUAUAUGUAUUUGAACUUCUUGAAAAUCCUAGAAAACUGAAUCAAAUAUUUUUAUGAUGUUUUUGUAAUAUUUUAGCAACUUUGCAACUGUGAUAGCUGUUACACUGGAUUUUUAAGAAACUUGUACAGCAGCCUCUUUCCAGUGAGAAGAGUAGGUGUCACACUGAUGGUAGGAUUUUAAGAAGCAUUCACAGCCACUCCUCCCUCCCCUGAAAGGAGGAGCUUGCUGACACUCUCCCUCCCUGAUUGGCCCGCCCUUUCCUUCUGCACUGUUACAAGUCAGCAGGUGAGAUGGUAGUUUUUUUUAACAAAUUAGACCAAGCUGUUGAGUCCCUUCUUGUUUUAAAUGUUUUAUGCCUGUUUGUGAUUGAAUUAUGGCCAUUUGUAGUUGCUCAUGCCAUCUUUAUUUUGUUAUUUUGUUUUCUGAGACAGGGUCUCACUGUGUAGCUCUCCUCAGCUGCCUGGUGCUCAGUGUGUACCAGGCAGCUCACAGAGCUCUCCCUCUGUAGCUCACGAGGCAGCUCACCAGGCAGAUCACAGAGCUCUCCCUCUGUAGCUCACGAGGCAGCUCACCAGGCAGAUCACAGAGCUCUCCCUCUGUAGCUCACCAGGCAGCUUACCAGGCAGAUCACAGAGCUCCCCCUCUGCAGCUCACCAGGCAGAUCACCAGGCAGCUCACCAGGCAGAUCACAGAGCUCUCCCCCUCUGCAGCUCACCAGGCAGCUCACAGAGCUCCCCCUCUGCAGCUCACUCAUCUCUCCCAAAUGCUGGCGUUAAUGGCUUGAGCCACCACACGCAGAUUAUAUCUUUUUUUAAAAUUUAAAUUUAAAAAAUGUUUUUAGAAUAAUAUAAAUACAUUCGUUGUGUUAUCUUUCUUAGACACUACGCAAAAUUCCUAUCUGCAACUAAGCAUGCAAAAGAAAAUGUGCUAAUGACAGAGUCAGAGAGUCCAGCAGGGAGAAUGCAGUGUAGCAAAUGCAGUGUGAAGGACACUUAAGGUGCUAAGACAUUGUCUUAAUGUUGUUCCUCCUUAAGUAUUAUCUCUCAAGCAAGGUUUUCUUGGAUACUUUGAUUCCGUUGGGCCUCUGUUAAAGUUUAAAAUGAAAAUUAUCAUGUACUGUAUGGAAAAUGUAGAUACUAACUUUUCCACAUAUGUAAACUUUGGACACAAGAACAUUUUUGUUUGAUCUUUUCAUCAAUAAAAUUUUCUUUGUAUAAAA